AUGGAUGCGAAAUCCGUAAGUUAUCAAACUAAUUCUGCCACUGCUUAUCUCAAUCCAAUAAUAGUGUUUCCACCAGAAAAAGAUCCAAGUUGCUAUAAAAAAUUUGUUCAAUCAAAAAAUUUUAAAUAUAUAAAAAUAAUUUUUUUUGUAAUAAUUCUAAUUAAUAUGAAUGUAUGGGGUGGAAUGUUAUUAUUCAUAUCAGUAGGUGCAGCAGAUAAAACAAUGCCUGACGAACAAACACGAAAGAUGUGGAUGGAAAUUGAUUUUCAAAUUAUUAAUGGAUUGAUUUCUAUAAUCAUUAUUGGUCUUACUCCUUGGAGAAUACGUGAUCUUUAUCAACUUUAUCAACAAAAAUAUCGGGAUGAACUUCUUAGACGUCAUAAAUACACAAACAAUUUUAUAUGGAUUCAAAUUAUUAUUUGGAGUUCAAUCGUUAAUUCUAUGUUUCAAGUGGGUGUUGCUAUUUGUACGUGGUCAACCAAUAUGGAUAAUAGACCUACACGGUUAGUUGGCAUCUUGGGUGGUAUUAGCCUUAUUGCAGGUGUAUUUGCUGCUGUGGCACAAUUUAUAUUAGGAAGAAAAACAAAAAAGAAAGAAAAAAUGGAACAAAAAUUCAAUAACAUUGUUUAA